GAGGCUCUUGGCCGCUCCGAGUUCGUCCUUGACGAGUGGAAGCGCCAGUACUCCAACGAGGACACCCGCCCCGUUGCUCUGCCCUGGUUCUGGCAGAACUACAAGCCCGAGGAGUACUCCCUCUGGUCUGUUAACUACAAGUACAACAACGAGCUGAAGCUUACCUUCAUGGCCAACAACCUGAUCGGUGGUUUCCACGCCCGUCUUGAGGCUUCCCGCAAGUACCUCUUCGGUGCCCAGGCCGUCUACGGUGCCAACUACGACUGUGUCAUCCAGGGUGUCUUCCUGGUCCGCGGCCAGGACUCCCAGCCCGCUUUCGAGGUCGGCCCCGACUGGGAGAGCUACGAGUUCCGCAAGCUCGACCACACCAACCCCGAGGACCGCAAGCUCAUCGAGGACCAGUGGGCUUGGGAUGUCCCCGUCGUCAUUGACGGCAAGGAGUACCCCUUCGCUGACGGCCACGUCUUCAAAUAA